AGAAAAGAUAACAAUCAUAUUUAUCUCCCGGGUGGUUCUUUUGGUUGCUGUCACUCAUUCCUGAAGUUUAAUGCACACCCUUGUUUUUUUUGUUUUGUUUUUUUCACUCCGGAGUGAUCGAUCGCGGCGACACACGAUCUCUGCGCCGCGCUGAUGCCCGCUGUGGAGCCCGGCUGCGGGAGGAUGGACGGUGUGUCGCUGGGUCUGGCGGCCGCCCCGGCCUCGCCGCGUCCCGUCGGCAACGCGGACUGCGAGGAGGACACGGUGAACGGAGGGAUGCACACGUUCAACCAGACGCACAUGAGGAAGGCUUUCCAGCUGAUGGACGACCUGCGCAGUAAAAAGCUGCUGUGUGACGUCCAGCUGGUGGCCGGGAGCGUCCUAGUGCCGGCGCACAGGGUGGUCCUGGCAGCCUGUAGCCCCUACUUCUGUGCCAUGUUCACAGGUGAUAUGAGUGAGAGCAAAGCCCAUCAGGUGGAGAUCAGAGAGGUGGACGGACAGACCCUGAGGAAGCUGGUGGACUACAUCUACACGGCUGAGAUAGAGGUCACCGAGGACAACGUCCAGGUCCUGCUGCCUGCAGCCAGCCUCCUCCAGCUGAUGGACGUGCGUCAGGUUUGUUGUGAGUUCCUCCAGUCGCAGCUCCACCCCACCAACUGUCUGGGCAUCCGAGCCUUCGCUGAUCUGCACACGUGCACGCAGCUCCUGGACCAGUCCCACGCGUACGCCGAGCAGCACUUCUCCGACGUGGUGCAGGGAGAAGAGUUCCUGGGUCUUUCUCUGCAGCAGGUGUGCAGCCUCAUCUCCAGCGACAAGCUGACGGUUACCACGGAGGAGAAGGUAUUUGAAGCCAUGAUUUCGUGGAUCAAGUGCGACGAGCCGACCCGUCUGGAGCACAUGCCCACGCUGAUGGAGCACGUCAGGCUGCCGCUGCUGCCCAGGGACUACCUGGUCCAGAUCGUGGAGGAAGAAGCUUUGAUAAAGAACAACAACACCUGUAAAGAUUUCCUCAUAGAAGCAAUGAAGUAUCACCUGCUGCCGGCCGACCAGCGGCACCUCAUUAAGACGGACCGGACCCGCCCCCGAACCCCCAUCAGCAUCCCCAAGGUGAUGGUCGUGGUGGGCGGACAGGCGCCAAAGGCCAUCCGCAGCGUGGAGGGCUACGACUUCCAGGAGGACCGCUGGUACCAAGUGGCGGACCUGCCUUCGCGGCGCUGCCGGGCCGGCGUGGUCUCCAUGGCGGGGCGGGUCUACGCGGUCGGCGGCUUCAACAGCUCCCUGCGGGAGCGGACCGUGGACGUGUACGACGGCGCCAAGGACCAGUGGAGCGCCGUGGCGAGCAUGCAGGAGAGGCGCAGCACUCUGGGCGCCGCCGUGUUGGGGGACUUACUGUACGCCGUGGGGGGCUUCAACGGCAGCAUAGGUCUGUCCACAGUGGAAGCCCACAACCACAAAACCAACGAGUGGCUUUACGUGGCCUCCAUGAACACCAGGCGCAGCAGCGUGGGCGUAGGAGUGGUCCACGGUAAGUUGUACGCAGUCGGAGGCUACGACGGAGCGUCCCGUCAGUGUCUCAGCACGGUGGAAGAGUACGACCCAGUGGCUGAUCAGUGGUGCUACGUAGCGGACAUGAGCACACGGCGCAGUGGCGCAGGUGUAGGUGUGCUGGGGGGCCGGCUGUACGCGGCGGGGGGGCACGACGGCCCCCUGGUGAGGAAGAGCGUCGAGGUGUACGACUCGCAGACCAACACCUGGAGGCUGGUCUGCGACAUGAACAUGUGCCGCCGCAACGCAGGCGUGUGCGCCAUCAACGGGCUGCUGUACGUGAUCGGAGGAGACGACGGCUCGUGCAACCUCUCGUCUGUGGAGUUCUACGACCCGGCGUUGGACAAGUGGAGCCUGAUUCCCACCAACAUGAGCAACGGACGCAGCUACGCAGGAGUUGCAGUGAUUGACAAGCCGCUAUGACCGAGGGAGGAGGGGGAGGAAGGACUCGCUGAUGUCUGGUGGCCGCGUGGCGCCCGAGAGGAACCGGCUCCAAACGGGGCGAGGACGCGGCCUCGUAGGGUCUCUCUUCGCGCCGAGCGAGGUCGUGACCUUCGAAGGUCGCGGCUGCACUGGAUGCAAAACCAAAUCCACGGGGCGGUGGGUUCGAGAGUCCUUUUCAAAUGAAAAGCGGCUGCAUCAGCCGACAUGCGAACUGAGUACUUUAAAACACCAGCUAGCCGAACCCCGGCUGCCUUUUAACGGGGGGGGGGGGGGGGGCGGCACAUCCGACCUGCUGCAGACCCACCGACCGUCCCACCGACACCACGUAGGACGUCUCUCACGUGCUAAGCCGCUCUGACCUUUGAUGCUUUUUGGAGGUCGUUUUUAACGAGGUUGAGUCUCACUACUGAUGCACUGACUGAUACGUACCCCCCCCCAUACUCAAGGGAGGGAAAUCAUUUCAACAAAUUGUAAAACACAUGUGCCAUUUACAGCAUUCAGAAUAAUUCUGGAGUGAUUUUAUCUCUUCAAAGCAAACAGUCAUGUUUCAGUUGAAAUGGUAGAAGCAGGUUUAAGGUUUGACGUCACAGCUUUGAUUCGUAAGGGAGGUUCCCGCGUUGCUUGGUUCCCUUCAGUCGAUGCCGGGUUGGGUUUUGGGGGACCGAGCGGUGCCAAAGCUUUUGAAGGAAAGCGAUUUGUAUGAACUUUCAGCCUAAAUAUCACUUCUGCCUACGAUCUUCCAGAAAUGAUGGAUGCAACACUUGAAGCACGUUCUGUUCUUGUUUGUUUAGUCGCAAACAUUUUCACUGACGAAUGAAUGAACGCUGCCCCUAAUCAUGAUAUCAGACCCCUUUUAAGUUCUCUUCUGUGUGAGGUCAGGACACUUUAUAGUUCCUCUAGUUAACAAUUAUGCAUUGAGAUUAAUACCACUGUUUUUGGUCAUUUUUGACAGGCACUAAAAUGCAUAAAUUACUGAGCAAUUUUAAUAGUAUAAAAGACAUUUUAUUUGAACCCUCGUGUCGGAAUCUGAUCAAUAACUUUAGAUGGUUUCAUUCUUGAACUUGGAGGCGUUCUUGGUGAAUAAUGUAUAUUUUAAUAUAUACUGUGGAUGUAGUAAAGUUGACAGCUGAUAAUGUAAUAAUUAUUUUGUUGAUCGCGUGGUUUGAACCUUUUUGCCAAACUUGAAGCACGUUUCUGCUGCAAGAAAUCCUUUAAACUGAAAUGUAAAACUACAUGAGGUGGAAAUGUAUUCAAUAUUAAAUUUUGUAAUUUCA